UAUCCCCCUCCCCAACCCCCUGGCUCCCACCCUUCCACUCUCUCAAGGUCCGGACCCGGAACGCGACCACCCCCCUCUCCCCCCUCCCGCUAAGGUCCUCCAGCUGUUUGCUCCAGAUGCCAACAUCUGGUGUCUCCGUUUAAAAGCAGCGGUGGAUGUUCGCUCCUCUCGCUGUACUGCAGUCUUUCUACCUUCGCUGGAGUUGGUUCCACACGGUUCUCCGCCGGCAGAAGCAGUGCCCCCUCCUCCUCCCUCCCUCCUCGCCCCCCUGGGGUUGUCCCACCUUCCGUCGCCCAAGGAGACCGUCCCGCCGGUAGCAGCGAUGGGGCGGCUGUUCACAACCUUUCUCUGACUUCUCCUCGACUGUGGGCGAUCGCUGACCUCCCAGUUCCCCAGGUGUCGCCCCGACCUCCAGCCAGUUCCCCCCUGGACCUGGGGUUGGUCCCAAUAUGGAAGCGAGCGCUAACGGGAGCGCUAACGAGGAGGGCAGCGCUGGCUGGACAGACUGGGACAUCUCGGCUCGGCCCGGACCGGGAGUUGCCACCCUCAACAUGACGGGCGAGGGAGAUCCGCCCUUCCUCACCGAUGCCUGGCUAGUCCCUCUGUUCUUCGCCCUGCUCAUGUUGGUGGGACUGGUGGGCAACUCUCUGGUGGUCUAUGUGGUCAGUACCAGGAGGCAGCUCAGGACAGCCACCAACUGUUACAUCGUGAACCUGGCCACAACGGACAUCAUCUUCCUGGUUUGCUGCGUGCCUUUCACAGCCACACUCUACCCCCUCACCAGCUGGGUCUUUGGAGAUGCCAUGUGCAAACUGGUCAACUACCUACAGCAGGUCACUGUGCAGGCCACAUGUAUAACGCUGAUGGCCAUGAGCAUGGAUCGUUGCUACGCCACCGUCUACCCGCUUCAGUCCUUACGUCACCGCACUCCGAGGCUGGCCAUGGCGGUCAGUGUGGCCAUCUGGAUCAGUUCCUUCCUCCUGUCCGCCCCCAUGGCGAUGUACCACAGGAUAGCGAGGGGCUACUGGUACGGGUUCCAGACCUACUGUGUGGAGGCCUUUCCCACGCAGUCCCAGCAGAAAGCUUUCAUCAUCUACAGCUUCCUGGCUGUGUACCUGUUGCCGCUGGUCACCAUCUGUGUGUGCUACACCCUCAUGCUUCACCGUGUCGGCCGGCCCGUGGUCCGACCAGCAGACGGUGGCUACCAGAAUGUCCACCAUUUGUCCGAGCGAUCAAUUGCCAUGAGAGCCAAGAUCACCAAGAUGGUUGUGGUGGUGGUCGUCUUGUUCACCGUGUGCUGGGGCCCCAUCCAGGUCUUCAUCCUCUUUCAGGUCUUCUACUCCGGCUUCCAAGUCAACUUUGAGACCUACAAGAUCAAGACCUGGGCCAACUGCAUGUCCUACGUCAACUCCUCCAUCAACCCCAUUGUCUACGCCUUCAUGGGCGAGAGUUUCAGGAGAUCCUUCAGAAAAGCUUUUCCCUUCAUGUUCAAGAAACGGGUGAGAGACAGCACCUUCAGUAACGGCUCCAGAAAUGCAGAGGUGAAGUUUGUCACCGAGGAAUCCUAAGCUCUACAAAGGUGACACGAACGCCUUUGUAUCUACUGUCUGGAACCAAAGGUGGAGUCUACAACCAAGUCGGUGACCAUCCCAGAGCCAUCUCUGUCAGAGUAACUGGGGUCAAAGUUAAAACAAGGACAUCACUUGUAUCAUUGGCGUACACCACUUACAAAAUGGAACAUGAUUUUUUUCAUAAAUACAUUUCAUUAACUUAGGAUGUCACAAACUAUUUUUAAGUAAUGAAGUCACUAUGAGUUCGAGUUCAAGAGACAUUUAUUAUCACUAAUUGGUACUGUGAGAUUUGAAUACCAUACAUCGAAAUAUUGUAAUUACUGACUUAUCACUGAUACUGUUGUGGUCACUAUUAUAGUCAUGUUAUAGUGUUGUGGUUCCCAUUAUAGUCAUGUUGCUGUCAAUGUGUAGAACUGUGUACACAAUGGUGUUCGCUGUGAAGCAGUCACUUCAUCAGUCACUAAUGGAUAUCUGUUCAGGUACUUAAAUAAUUCCUGUCUUUAAUAUUAUUUGUUCCAAAUUUACAAUGCUGCUUCGAGUUCAUAUUAAAAAAAUAAGGAAUUGUGUAUCUCCUUGGGAAAAGAUCGGACUUUUCAUAGUUGUAAGUUGCAAGCUGCUACUGGAACGUGGAGAGUUGUUGUAUUGAUGUGUAGAUGAAUUUGACUGGAUUGGAUCAGAACAAGAACUCCACUGUAUCUUUACACACGUUACAAUAAUGGAGCAUUGAGGAAUGGGUGAUGUUUCGGGUCAAGACCCUUCUUCAGACCUGAAACGUCACCCAUUCCUUCUCUCCAGAGAUGAUGCCUGCCUGCUGAGUUACUCCAGCAUUUUGUGUCUAUCUAGAUUCUACACUGAAUGGCCAGGUUCUCACCAGCAGAGGUCAGCCACGAGCAACCUUUUACUCAAAGUUGGUGCUGGCCUUAAGAUUAUGAGUGUCACUUAUACAGUGAGUGCUGUCCAGUGCAAUCAAACCACACACACACGUCCACAGAGAAAAUAUGCAAUGCUGGAGCCUUGUAGAGUCACAGUUACCAUAAGACCAUAAACACAGGAACAGAAUUAGACCUUGAGGAGGAAGAACAGUCUAGUCCGAGGAACAGCACCUCAUAUUCCACCUGGGGACCUUG